AUGUCUGUCGAGAAUGAUGAGCUAACCCAUAAUGAUCUUCCCUAUUCAGCUCCUUUGUUAUUGUAUUCUUCUCCUAUAGUACCCGAUUCUUAUAUCGAUAAUGAUAGUGGUAGAAAAAGUUUUGAAUUGUUUAGAAAGUCUUAUAACAGUGUUAAUGAUCACAAGAAUUUAGAUACAAAUGUGAUUGUAUCUUACAGUAAUGAACACGGGAGGUAUAAUGCUUUGAAAGAUAAUUUGUCUAAAACCGUUCUUUCAGUUGUAGAGAGAUUGAAAUUAGGUUCAAAAAAAAUCCCUCACAUCGUUGCAUCAGAUAUAAAAUGGAACUAUUUGGGUAAAGCUGUGUCUAAUUUGACUAAUAAUAAAGAUGCGCCCUCUCAAGAUGAUUUUGACGAUCAAUUAGAUGAUAUAGAAGAAAAGUAUACAAAAAAAAAAAAUGGCAUCUAG